UUUGAACUGACUUAAAAAUAGGGAAAAUACUUUUGUUUAUUAUUUUUGUUAAGUAGUAAAAGUGCUAUGAAACUGUAUUAAGUUAAUUAUGAAAAGAAAAUUUUAAAUAUGCCUACAGCAAUAUUACUCGAUGUAUCAUUAUCCAUGUCACGGCCGGUGCCUACAUCGGACACAACAGAAAAUAUUACAAGACUUACAAUAGCUUCAGCGGCAAUAAAUACAUUUUUAGAUUAUUUAAGUAUACACGCAAAAUUAGAAUAUGUAGCUUUGAUAACAUUCUCUUCCACGUAUGAAGUAACUGUCCCAUUCACUCGUGACUAUGAUAGCAUUAAGGCAAAAUUGGGUCAUCUGGAAGAAGGUGAUAAAACAUGCAUAGAAACUGCAUUGUCAGGUGUCAAUCAACUUAUACUUGGAGAAUGGGGAUACCAAACACUUGUGCAAACUAUACUGAUAACUGAUGGAACUUGUGGUGUUGGUGCUAUAGGAAGGAAUCGUAUAAUACAAGCACUGCCUUUGCCGCCUUCGUUUCCUUCAAAAAUACAUAUCCUACCAAUUGUAUCACCACAUGACUCUUGUCUUCAACAUGCUAUGCCAUUAUACCAAAAAAUUGUUGAUUUGGCAAGCAGCACUGUGAACAACUCAACUGGCAACAUUAAUAGAGGUGCUAUAUAUUGUCCUGAUCAACUCUCUGCAGCUGCGGUUGUCACUGCAAUGACAAAGUUAUGCGAGCAACAAUAUCAAGAAUUCUGGUGUACACUAAAGUGCGGUCAGUUGGAGACUAAAGUACAAUUAUUCCCGGCUCCGCAGCCCGCAUCCCAUGAGGGGCUUGCGGCUACAUAUACUAUAUCUAAUCAAAUACAUAUUGUUGGAUUCUUACAACAACAAGAUUUAGGCACACCAAUAGCUAUCAGUAAACAUCUUAUAAUACCACAACCUCAAACCAAUAACAAUAACAACAGAGAGAACUAUGGCUCUAAAACACCUACAAAAGAAGGCUCAAGCAGUGAAACAACGACUACGGAAGAAGACAAUACUGAUCCAAGCAAAGUACCAAACUUUUGUGUACUACUUCACGGCGCACUUAAGGUGGAGGGCAUGGCGGCCAUAGUACAGCUAGGUCCGGAGUGGUGGGGCACGGUGUCGGCGUGGUGCGAGGCAUCUCGCGCGCGCCGCUCCUGUCUGCUGCUGGCAGUACUGCGCCCCGGCGCCUCCGCCGCGCCCUGGCUCGGACCUCUCGACCAGUUGGGUCCUGCAGAUGAAUCUACCAACGCUGAGGCGUUCCCGGUGCGGUCAUGGCGGUCGUACAGCGGCGGCGGGUCGGGCUGUGCGUGGGCGCGCCCGCACGCGCUACUCGCCGACGUACAGAAAGUGUUGCGACACGCUCGCAAGCUGCCCGACAAAACGCAGCAUCUCUACAAGGAACUGAACCGACUCCGUCGCGCCGCCAUUUCAUUGGGUUUCUCCGAGCUGCUGACGAGCGUGGGCGGGGCUCUAGAGCGGGAGUGCGCGGCGCUGCCGAGCUCUGCACCGCCGGAGUGCGCGCUGCAGCUGGCGCACGCGGCGGCCGCGCUGCGCGACCCACGUACCGCGCUCGACAUCAAGCACACCCUUCAGCCGCUCGCCACCAAUUUCACUGUUACCUCAAUGUCACACUGAAACACUCUAUGAGUAAUUCUCAAUAUUUAAAUGUUUGAUAAUAAA